GCAUGAAUGCGAACUAUGUAUAUGUCCUCUGGGUCUAUUGAUGAAAUAGAAAUUCAAAAAAUACAAAUAAUCCUGCUGUGCAUUAGCAUUUUAUUCCAUUUCCUGCUUCACGAAGUAAAUGCAAAAUAUAAAUCCGGCUAUGGUGUGGCUGUGGGACGAGAUUCAUGUAAGCGCAUAAUAGCCAAAUAAAAUGAGUUAUUAAAGCUCUGUUGCAACUUGGGCUUUGAUAACUCACGGGUAGACUGCAACGUAGGGGUUGUAACAGUGCAGGGUUUAAUAACUCACAGUAGACUGCAAGAACUUACGGGUAGGUUGUUAUGUAGAGCCUAGACUUUUCCGUGGCCGGCACGACGCAGCUGCAGCGCAAUGCGUUCGAACAACUAUUGCGAGCCCAGGGGAACAAAUUUUUGCAAUGCAUAGGACUCACUUCCGGGGGGCUCCGUUUGUACGCACGAACACAAGCCCGUCAAAUGCAGCGAUGGCAAAACGUAUGGCAAUUCGUGCAAGGCUAUCAAAUGCAAAUAUCGGUCUGGGCUUGGAAAAUGCAAGAUUUGUCAUGCCCGUAGACCACCAAUGUCAGGCAUCUGAUGGACGACGACGGCGGGACGUCGCGACACGCAUAAAAGUCUGGAACGUUACACACAGAACAAGCAUCCUCAACACAGCCUUUGCGAGCCCUUCCUCAUGCCUAAUAUAAUUCUGCAUGUUGUACAAAUACAAAAAUCCACCACCUUUCCUUGCCUAGCCCUAGCAUUCAUGAGGAAAGUAGAACUACUACUGGCGUUCACGCGGCAACACAGAUUUGGAUUUUUCGUUCGUGAUUUCGCAUGACAAGUUGAAGGUCUAGAAACAGAUUUUCGAUAUUUGCAAUGCAUGAAAGCUGAGAACGCUGGAUACAAGAACUGCGACCCCGUGGACGAGGUCGAGAAGCGUCCUCCUUCUGGUUGUCCGAGGUUGUUGAAACCUGUUUUGUGCUAUCCACAGGAAAUUUCCCGUACACGUACAAGAAUAAGAAAUGCGGUUUCUGCAUGACCAAGCUUGCCUAAGAUACCACUUAGCAUGAAGACCACGAAUGGCGUGCUCUGGAUUGGCGAAAUUUGUGAUGCAUUUUGUACAUGCACUACGGGAAAUUUACUGUGGAUAAGUGCUACGACAAGGAGUACCAGGACAAUGGUGACGGGCCCCCAGAAAAUUAUUUAUUUGACAAUUUGUGCCUGGUAUGCAUUGCAAAAGUAUCGUACUCAUAGUACUAAUUGAAUUGCAGCCAACAUGCAUUUACAAAUCUUUUUGUAGUAGAGGUAGAUCUGCAUUACAGAUUCCAUUUCUUAUGCUGAGGUAAUGCGUUAUUUACUAGUAGUACGAUUACGAUACUUUUGAUGCACUGCAUACCUGGCUGAAAACGAUGGGUUCGACGACUCGGACUGCGAGGAGAUUGACCCCGCCGAGUCUAUGGGGGUGCAGGAUUGAAAUCGUCAGAGUUGAAAUUAUUUCAAAGUUGACAAACUAUUUAAUAGUUUGUCAUGCAUAAAAUCGACACCACUUGGAAGCCCAAUUUCCGAGCGGCGCAUGACAAAUUUCGGCACCGUCCGUCCAAAUCCAGUUCGUCAUGCUGUUUGGGGACAGAAGGCGUCUUCUGUCAUGCUACUUUAGCAGCUCUAUCGAAGACCGCAAACAGGCUGACUGUCGGACUCACUUGCCAUCCCUGCAAGAGAGGCACUUCAUGUCUUGCAAUUAUUUCCACUUUGUCGAUUUCAAUUCUGACGCAUCCAUAACUUUCACUCCUCCGCCGCCCGGCGAAACAACCUCCUGUUCAACCGUGUACCCAGAGUGCUCUAAGGAGGUUCCGUCAGACAUGCCAUUUGAACAUUUUUUAAAACAAUGCGAACUGGCGUGCUUUGGCGACUAUCCCACCGCUUCCUAUCCACCUUUCUAUCCAAGCCUCAGAAUGGAAAUCCUCAAAGUGGAAAUGAUUUGUAACGCAUGAAAUGCGAUGCAAAGAAGAGUUAGAGUGUAUUCGCACAAGAUGUAACGGCGGCCGACUGUAGUUGUCCUUCUACGGGUACAUCAAAGAACAAUUGGGGUGCACGUGCAGCUGAUUAAUAGCACGAGAAAAUAAUAUUAAACGCACCCCUUUGAAGAUGUUGCCCUAAGCCUAACCAGCAUGACAGACAUUUGCUUUGAGUUGUGCCCGGGAAUAUUAAAUCUGUCGUGCGCCUACUACUAGACCGAAUGGCAGUCCAACUGGAGUUGUGGUUCUUUUGCAUUACUUACAAAUUUAUGUUCACCUUCACUUUGAGGACUACUUCUAGCCUGAGGCUUUCAUACUUUCUUCGAGGACCCCCUGGAGAUGAUCGAGGAAAAGUUGGAUAUGCAGCGCUAAUCUGUCUGGGUCUGGAACAAGGAAGGAACUUCUGAUGCGUGUCUUGCAGGCAUGCAAGAGCUGUGUAGUUGCAUGUUGACCAGCAAAAGUGGGACCUUUUUUGUCAUGCAGAGACGCACGACCGUAUGAGAAAGCUCGGUAAAAGAAACUUGUCAUGCUUGGCGGCACUUGGAACCAACACGAACAAGUGGCUCAAGAACCUUCAUCCGAGGUCGCUCAGCAUCACAGGUUCUUACCAGACGCAGAUCGAUAUUUGCGCUCGAUACUGGCGUCGCUGGAAGAAAAAAUUGACACGCUCGCGAUAUCCUAUGUAAAAACGUCCCCACCCCAUUGUCAAGAUGGGGACUCGGCUAGACAACUCCACAAGUUUUGGCUGUUUUGCAUGACAAAAUUGGACUCGUAUUUAUUGUAGUCCUGUUCGAGGUAGCUCAGCAGCAUCACAGAUCUAGUAUAUCGCGCUGAUUGGAGCAUGACAAAUUCCAAAUCACGACUGGAAAACUCUUCUCACGGGGCUCCGCAUGAGAAACAUUUUCAGCAUGCAGACUUGCGUGACAACUCUAGGGUGGGGACGUUUUUACACAGGAUACGCGACGCAAAAAAGCGACAUCACUGGCGCCGUGUUUCAAAACGUCAAGACGGGCAUUAUGGCGUUCUCAAAUGUUACAUUCUCAACUGUUACAUGAAUUUGUAACUCAAGAACGGCAAAAGUGAAUGGGGGAACGGGAAGCAGAAGCUUGCGCCUUUUGCAUUACAGAUUUGGCACAGAUUUACAUGCUGUUUAGCCUCUUCGGAGAUUUGUCAUGCGAAGUAACUUAGUGGUGGCGAUCUUGGUGGCAAAUUUGCAUGACAAAUCAUGUAACAGUUGAGAAUGUAAGAACAUUUGAGAAUUCCAUAGGCACGGGCUGGUUUCGCGGACAGGAAACGCCACGUGAGACUCCUGAGACUAUGGGUCCGCCGCCGCCGCCGACGCCCAUGCCCCUUCGACGUUGAAGUGGACAGCUAGUACCUUAGCACCAAUCGAGCGAAGGAGUCGAGGAGCCGUUUCAGGAUUUAAGUAUUUGCUCAACAUGAUCCGCUACAAACUAACAAGUCAACGCACCACAGCACUACAAAUUUAGAAGCCAAGCAAGAUCUUGAAGUCUUUGCUUUUUUGCGUAUGAAAGAGCUUUGUUUUACAAAUGCAAAUGCUUCACCGAAAACAAUAUGCCCCGUCUACAUUAAUGUUAUAACUGUUAUUCUUGUUUCUUUAGAGCAACCACAUUUCGACACGGUUUUUCGAACUACGACAGCACCUAAAAACAAUUUAUCAAAAGCUUUCUUAUCUGAAAAUGAAUUUCUGUUUAUGUUUGUUCUGAAAGCCGGACACUUUUUUCUACAGCAAAGUAAGUAUCGCUCUUGAAGAUGGACUGACCACGACUAGUAUUUUGUUAUUCGAUUUGCUUUUCUUAUUCAGAUGUGUGACGACCCAAAAAGACAAAAAGCAAGGGCGGGUAUCCCCCGUAGCUCAGCAAGAGCAGCGGGUAUCCCCCGUAGGUCGUGAGCAGCCUCUGCUUUGUUUUCUGGAGAUGAAGUAGUCCUCAACGCGUACAAAAAUAUUUCUAACCCCCAGCCUCGUAUUGCCAAUGUUAAACUAAAAACAAUUUACCGAACAAAGUCUAGUGCGUCGCAGCAGGCAAGAAUAAGAAAUGCAUCUACUCUAGUACUAGUGCUUGCACUGAAAAAGGAUGUCGAAACGCUUCAUGUACCCCAAGUUGCCAGGCAUCAGUUUUGCGACAACUAAGAGUAAGAUGACAAAGCGAACGCG